UUCAAAUUAGGGUUUCAACUCGUAAAAACAAGAAAACUUCGAAGCCUCGCGCUUCGAGUGUGUAGUGGACCUAGUGGUGCUUAACAAGGCGGCAUAUUUUCAUAUCUCACUCCUGCAACCCUCAAAAAUGUCUACCCUUUCUCGCAUCUUCCGCACUUUCUCCACUUCCGUCUCCAACCCACCGGCGAAAUCGAUCUACGAAGACCUCUACAAAGAGCGGAAUCUCAAAAGGGUGGUAGAGAAAUUCAAGAAGUGCUCAGAAUCACAUCUGUUCCGUAAACAAGCCAACGUUUACGGCAACAUAGUCCGCCGUCUCGCCUCCGCCAGGAAAUACAAAUGGGUCGAGGAGAUUCUCGAGGACCAGAAACAAUAUAAUGAGAUUUCCAAAGAAGGGUUUGCAGUUCGGUUAAUUUCUUUGUAUGGAAAAUCAGGUAUGCUUGAUCACGCUUCCAAGGUGUUCGACGAAAUGCCUGAGCGAAAAUGCCCGCAGACUGUUAAAUCGUUCAAUGCACUUCUCGGGGCGUGUGUUAACGCGAAGAAGUUCGAUAAGCUUGACGGAUUCUUCCGCGAGUUGCCUGAGAAACUCUCCUUGAAACCUGAUAUUGUCUCGUAUAACACUGCGAUCAAAGCUUUUUGUGAGAUGGGUUCGUUUGAUUCGGCUGCAACUAUAUUUGAAGAAAUCGAAAAGAACGGAUUGGAGCCUGAUUUGAUUACUUUUAAUACUUUGCUCAUCGGAUUUUACGGAAACGGUAGGUUUCUGGAAGGUGAGAAAUUUUGGGGGAAGAUGAUGAACACUAGCCUUUCACCCGAUAUCAGAACUUACAACGCUAAAUUGGUUGGACUGGUUUCCGAGAAGAAAUUAGCCGAAGCUGUUGAACUUUUUGACAAAUUGGAGUCUAAAAAUGUUAAGCCUGAUGAGUUUAGCUACAAUGCUAUCAUCAAUGGUUUCUGCAACAAUGGCGACUUGAAGGAAGCAAAGAAUUGGUACGCUAAAUUAGGGCAAAGUGAUUCUACUCCUAAUAAAGCGACAUUUGCAGCUCUGAUUCGUUUGGCUUGUAAAGUGGGCGAUUUUGAUUGGGCGAUUGAGCUUUUUGAGCAAACGAUUGAAGAAAAAUGUCUUGUUGAUCCAAAUGUUAUGCAACUUGUGAUCCAUGGAUUGGUUAAGGAGAAGAAAAUUGAAGAUGCUAAGAAGCUUGUGGGGAUUGGGAACUCGAAUAAGUUUAGAAAAUACAAUUUGAUCGUGCCUGCAGAUGAGUGAUAUAUGAAGUAUGAACUUCGAUUCUUGUUUUCAUUAGAUGUUUUCAAGAUUGAUAUAAAAAGAAGUUCUAGAAACGCAAGUGAUUUGCUUUGUUUAGUUGAGUUUACCAUUUACAAUAGGGUUUGCUCUUUGUUCUUUUGAAUGUCGUAUUUUUGAGCUUUUUUUGGCUUCCAUUUGGUUGAGCUUAUAUAUUGAAAUGGUGGUUUUAUGGUUA